GCAACCCAUUGGAUUUUCCAUACUCCCAAACCGCUGCCCCUCGGUUUCACUCUCACUGCAUAUUUGUGUGUAGAUAUAUAUAUAUACACACACCCAUGAGAAUUAGACUACAAGCAUCAAAGUAACUCAAUCUCCAAACAAAAUAGUCCUUACAAAUCUCUCUCUACUCUUUAAUUUCUCAAAUCUAAUUGUUGUCCAAAAGAUUAGAAGAUCAAUAGAAAAGAGUCGUCUGAAGAAAAAGAAAGAAAGAACGAAGAAGAUGAGUUCAACAAGCAGAGCCUGGGUUGUGGCCGCGAGUGUCGGAGCUGUGGAGGCGUUGAAAGAUCAGGGAUUCUGUAGGUGGAAUCACACAAUAAGAUCAGUACACCAGCAUGCAAAGAACAAUCUCAGGUCAUUUUCUCAGGCCAAGAAGCUCCCAAAAUCAUCUUCGGCGGCGAUGGCUUCUGGUAAAGUGAGGGACGAGAUGAAGAUGAAACAAUCGGAGGAUUCUCUGAGAAACGUCAUGUAUUUGAGCUGUUGGGGACCAAAUUGAACCCCGUAAUAGUGUUGCAACACUACUGUAUAUUGUAUAAUUUAGAAGCAAUUGCUCUUUCAAUGUAAAACAGAUUUUGACUA